AUGUGGAUUUCUUCCUUCGUCUCCUCAGUUCUUAGGGACGAUGACCUUUCUGAGCAUGAGGAGGAAGAGCAGCAGCAGCAGCAGCAACAGCAGCAGCAGCAGCAGCAGAACCAGCACCAGCAGCAGCAGCAAACUGCAGAGAGAGCGAAUACGCCCGUACAAGGAAGUGGAGCAGCAGCAGCAGCAACAGGCUCGAUAUCGCCGACGUCAACUGCAACAGCAGCAGCAGCAGCAGCAGCAGCAGCAGCAGCAGGGGGUCCAGGGCAAUUCAGCUACGCCUCGCUGCUGCAGCUGGUGGAGCGGCAGCAGCAGCUGCUGCAGCGAGAGGCGCAGGAGAAGCAGCGGAGGGAGCAGCAGACAAAAGAUCUAGAGCGCACUGUGCAGCUUCUGCAGCAAGAGCUGCAGCAGCAGCGACUGCAGCAGCAGCAGCAGCAGCAGCAGCAGCAGCAAAGCAUACAGCCUAAAGUCGACAGCGCCCCCUUCGCAGAUGAUUGGGGAGCUUCAGCAGGCGCUGCAGAGGAAGAGCAGCAGCAGCAGAAGCAACAGCAGCAGCAGCAGAAGCAGGAGCAGAGAGAAUGGCAGCAGCAACAGUUGCUGCUGCAGCAGCAGCAAGACAAGCUGCAGCAGCAGGAGCAGGUUAUACAGCGUCAGCAGCAGCAGUUGGAGCAGGCUCAGCAGCAGCAGCAGCAGCAAGUGCAGCGAAGCGCUGAGGAGCUCUCUUUGCUGCAGAUUCGCAUUGAGCAGCUGCAGCAGGAACUGCAGCAGCAGCAGCAGCAUGGGCAGAAGCAGCACGUGCAGCAGCAGCAACAUGAAGCGACCCAGCAGCAAAGAGAGCAGCAGCAAGAAGUCCAGCAGCAGCUACAGCAGCAGCUGCAGGAGCAGCAACAGCAGCAGCUCGAGCUUCAGCAGCAGCUGCAACAGCAGCUCCAGCAGCAGCAGCAAUAUGAGCGCUCGCUGCAAGACAAACAGCUUCAAGUUGAGCAGCUACAGCAGCAGCAGCAGCAGCAGCUGCAGCAGCAGCAAGCGACCGAAGAGGAAUUGCUGUCCCUGCAGCGAAGCAACCAGGAGCUGAAGCAGGAGCUUUUGCUGCAGCGCGAGCAGCAGCAGCAGCUGCAGCAGCAGCAGCAGCAGCAGCAGCAGCAGGCAGAAGAGCUUGCGGCGCGCAAUCGCGACCUCGAGACACUGCUGCAGCAGCAGAAAGAAAAAGUGACGAACUUGGAGGAAGCCCUUGAGCAGCAGCAGCAGCAGCAGCAGCAGCAGCAAGAAUGGGGGCCGGAGCGGGAAAAGCUGCAGCAGCAGCACAAGGAGCAGCUGCAGCAGCAGCAGCACCGCUACGAAGAAGUGCUGCAGCAGCAGCAGCAAGAAAGGCAAGCAGAAGUGGCGGUGCUGCAGCAGAGCCUUGCAGAGCAGCAAAGGCUGCAGCAGCAAGACAAGCAGCAACUCGAGCUGCUGCAGCUGCAGCUGCAGCAGCAACAGCGGCAGCACCUAGAUUUGCUGCAGCAGCAGCAAGAACAGCACAGCCAGGAAGUCGCCACUUUGCAGCAGCGUCUGCAGCAGCUGCAGCAGCAACUGCAGCAGCAGCAGCAGCAGCACGCUGCUGCUCUCCAGCCAGUCGAGGAGCUGCAGCGGCGGCUGCAGCAUGCUGAGCAGCAACGGGACAACCUGCAGCAGCAGGCCCACCAGCAGCAGCAGCAGCUGCUGCUGCUGCUAGAAGAGCAGCAGAAGCUUCAGGAGAUUCAGCAGCAGCGGGAGCAGCAAGAAAGGAAGCUGCGAGAGCAGCAGCAGGAGCAGCAGCAGCAAAUGGCAGAGGAGCUGCAGCAGCUGGAGAGUGAGCGCAAAGCACUGCAGCACGAGCUGCAGCUGCUUGCUGCUGAUGUGGGGCAGCAGCAGCAGCAAGUGCUGCUGCCGCUGCAGGUGCAGCUGCAGCAGCUUAGACAACACCGAAGCCAAGCAGCUUCUGAGAAGGAUUUGCUGCUGCAGCAGCUGCAGCAGCGGGAGCAGCAGCUUGUCGAGCAGCUGCAGCAGCUGCAGGAAAAGGAGCAGCAGCACACCGAACAGCUGCAGCAGCAGCAGCGCGAAUUCCAAAGUCAGCUGCAGCAGCAGCAGCAAGAGCUGGAGCGCCUGCAGCAGGAACUGCAGCAGGAACGAUUGCAGCAGCAGCAGCUGCAGACGCAGCAGCCGAGGCAUAUCGGGGGGGAAGCGGCAGAUGUCGAACAGCAGCAGGAGCAGCAGCAACAGCAGCAACAGCAGCAGCAACAGCAGCAGGAGCUGCAGCAACAGCGGGUGCUGCUGGAACAGCAGCAGCAGCAGCUGCAUCUGCUCGAGGAGCUGCUGGAGGACCGUGAUGAUGAAAUAAGGGAGCUGCAGCGGCAAGCUGAGCAGCAGCAGCAGCAACAGCAGCAGCAGCAGCAGCAGCAGCAGGGCCACGCGGAGCACGACAGAAUGGUUGCAGCAGCAUCAGCAGCAGCAACGGAUGCAGCAGCAGCAGCAGCAGCAAAUGCAGCGCAGCAAGAAACGACGCUCCUUCAUCAGCAGCUGGAGGAGCGGCUGCAGUGCCUCUCUGAGCAGUGCGAGCAGCAGCAGCAGCAAAUUCAGCAGCAGCGGCAGCAGAUACAGGAGCAGCAGCAGCUGCUGCUGCUGCAGCACAACCCCCCACAAACCAAUGGUGUAUGUACACCUCGGCAGGAGGACCUGCAGCGCCAGCUGGCAGCAGAACGAAGGCGGACUGUGGAGUUGGAGGGGCUGCUGCGAGAGCAGCAGCAGCAGCAGCAGCAGCAGCAGCAGCAGCAGCAGCAGCUGCAGCAGCAGCAGCAAGCUCACGAGUGGGAGCAGCAGCUGCACCAGCAGCAGCAACUCGAGGAGGGCCUGCGACAGCAGGGAGAGCGAAGUCCGCAGCAAGGGCCUGAAUGGCCUGAACAGCAGCAGCAGCAGCAGCAGCAGCAGCAAGCGCAGCAGCUGCUGCAGCAGCAAGUUGAGGAGCUAAGGGCUGAAGUGCAGCGUCUCGAGCAAGAGCGGGACCUGAUGCAGCAGCAGCAAGAGGCAGCAUCUCUGCAGCAAGAGCAGCAACAGCAGCAGCAGCAGCAGCAGCAGCAGCAGACGCAAGCACAAGAGCAGCUGCAGCAAGCGUUCGCAACUAUGGAGCAGCAGCUGGAACUGCUGCAGCAACAGCUGGAGGCAGAGCAGCAGCAGCACUCCGAAACUAGGCAGUCUCUUGAGCAGCAGCUGCAGCAGCAGCAGCAGCAACAGCAACAAACGGAGGACAAGCUAGGGGAAGCUCUCGCAAAGCUUGAGCAGCAGCUCCAGCAGCAGCAACAGCAGCAGCAGCAGCAAGAACAAACUGAGGGCAAGCUAGAGGAAGCUCUCGCGAAGCUUGAGCAGCAGCUGCAGCAGCAACAAGAGCAGCAGCAGCAGCUGCUGCAGAAGGAACAGCAGAUGCAGCAGCAGCAGAAUCGCCACACAGAGGAAUUGCGCAAGAGGGACUCGCAGGUGCAGCAACUGCAGCAGCAACAGCAGCAGCAACAGCAGCAGCAGCAACAAACUAUUCAGCAUCUGCAGCAACAGCUGCAGAGGCAAGCCGCUCAGGCCGCAGAGGACAUUGCUGCAGCGCAGCAGCGGGAGAAGGCAGCAGCAGCAGCAGCUGCUGCUGCUGCUUCUCGUGUAGAUGCAGCUGCCGCUGCUGCGUCUGCUGCAGCAGAAGCAAGCAGUGCAGCAGUGGAGGCCUUCCAGCAGGUGGCGCAGCAUGUCCCGCAGCAGCAGCAGCAGCAGCAGCAGCAGCAGCUAAGUGCCCCGCCUGCCGGCGGAGUAGACGCUGCCGUUUUUGCUUCGUUGUCCGCGACGUAUGAAGAGGAGAAGCAGCUGCUGCUGCAGCAGCUGGAGCAGCAGCAGCAAAGGGCAGAGCUGCUGCUGCAGCAGCGGCAGCAGCAGGAAGCCUGUGCUGCGCUCCGUGAGCGGGAGCUGGUUUGCCGGCUGCAGCAAAUGAGAGGCAUAGCGCUGGCGGCGGCGCAGGAGACUGGGGUGUUGGGCGUGCAGCUAAAGCUGCUGUCAGGGGCCCCGCAGCAGCAGCAGCAGCAGCAGCAGCAGCAGCAGCAGCAGCAGCAAGACCAGAUGCUCCAGAAGCAGAAUGGCCAGCAGAAAUGUGAAAGGUUCUCGGUUAACAGUGAUAUUAGCGUCAGGUUAGCAGCAGAAGGGGCCGUAGAAGAAGCCAAGGCGCUGCUGGAAAAGUGCUCUCAGAAAAUUGAGGAGACUUCUGUUCACACGGCAGCCUCGCUGCAAGAUUUGCAGCAGCAGAAGCAGCAGCUGCUGGAGGCCAAGCAACAGCUUGAACACUCUUUGAAGGAUGCGCAGCAGCAGCUCCAGACAAAAGAAGCAGCAGCAGCAGCGCACGCAGCAGCGAGGGCGAAUGCUGCUGUUGCUGCAGCAGCAGCAGCAACAGCAGAACUGCACCGGCAGCAAAUGUCCACCAAGACGCAGCAGCUCGAGAAGGGAGCUGCUGCUGCUGCGAUAAAGGAGGCGGAAAAGUUUUUGAGUGCAGCAGCAGCAGCAGCAGCAGCAGCAGCACACGCAUCGGCAGAUGCAGCAACAGCUCUUGCUGCUGCGGGAUGCAGCUCAGGCCCUUCCCUCUCAUCCUCUGAAGCAGCUCAGCAGCAGCAGCAGCAGCAACAGCAGCAGCAGCAGCAGCUCGUGAAGCAGCAGCAGCAGCAGCAGCAGGGAAGCCAGUUCGGUAUGGCGAAAUCCCCGUUGCAGCACCUUGUGCAGAGUCCACCUGAGCAGCAGCAGCAAACACAGCAGCAGCAAAUACAGCAGCAGCAAAUGCGGCAGCAGCAAGUAGAGCAGCAGCAAACGCAACAGCAGCAACUGCAGCAGAAACAGACACAAGACGCAGACUCGGGUGCAGGUGGCUGGGAAGACGAUGACUGGCUUAGUGACUUGGAAGAAGAGCAGCAGCAGCAGCAGCAGCAGCAGCAGCAGCAGCAGCAGCAGCAGCAGCGACAGAGAGAGCAGCACCAGCAGCAGCAGCAGCAGCAGCCGCAGAAAGAGCAGCAGCAGCAAGACUGGCAACAGCAGCAGCAUGACAAGUGGCAACAGGAGGAAAGAAAGCAGCAGCAGCAAGAACAGCAGCAGCAACACCUACUGCAACAGCAGCAGCAGCAGCAGCAACAGCAGCAGCAGCAAAUCCACCAAGCAGCAGCAGGAUGGGAUGCCGAUGAGGACUGGGAAGCGGACUUGGUGGAGGAGCGUCAGCAGCAGCAGCAGGAUCUUGCAGAACAGCAGCAGCGACGGCAGAUGCUGCAGCAGCAUCAGCAGGAACAGCAGCAGGAGCUGCAGCAGGAGCUGCAGCAGCAGCAGCAGCAGCAGCAAAGCCCCAAGGUUGCUGAGGGGUGGGAUGAAGAUGACGUGUUUGGAGAUGAAUGGGGUGACAGCUUCCAGCAGCAGCAGCAGCAGCAGCAGCAGCAGCAGCAGCAGCAAGAACAACAACAGGGGGAGCAACGGCAGCAGGAAAGCCUGAAGGAGCUGCAGCGGCAGCAGCAGCAAGAAAAUCUGCUGCGGCACCAGCCAUCUCAACAAAUGGAACGACAGACAGCUCAGCAACUGCAGCAGCAGCAGCAGCAGCAACAGCAGCAACAGCAGCAGCAGCAGCAAAAAGAGCAGCUACAAGCUGGUGAAGGGCUUAGCCCCUCUUAUGCCUUCACUUACGGGAAUCAGGUUCAUCAGGAUCAGCCGCUGCAGCAGCGAGAACUGCAGCAGCAGCAGCAAGAACUGCAGCAGCAGCAAGGACUGCAGCAGCAGCAAGAAAAGCAGCAGCAGCAAGAACAGCAGCGGCAAACAAUGCAUGGAGAAUCACCUGCGGCCAAGUCAAGUGAUUGGGACUCUUACGGGGAUUGGGGCAGCGAAGUGAUAGCAGAGCAGCAGCAACAGGAAGAGCAGCAGCAGCAGCAGCAGCAGCAGCAGCAGCAACAGCAGCAGCAGCAGCACCCAGAGUCCGUGAAGGAUUUGAGCGGUCCCGGUGGAGACCCAGUCAUGUCCCUGCAGCUGCAGCAGCAGCAGCAAAAGAAGCCGGAUUGGCAGCGUGUGCCUGGCGGACCCCACACAGUGCAUCAGCAGCAGCAGCAACAGCAGCAGCAGCAGCAGCAACUGCAGCAGCAGCGGCCGCAGCAACAGCAGCAGCAGCAGCAGUGGGGAGGAGCAGAGCCAUGGGAUAUCGACUUUCAAAUCAAUAGACUCGCAGAUGGCCUUUCCAGGCCGGCUGCGCCUUCUGAAGCUUCACCAGCAGCAGCAGCAGCAGCAGCAGCAGCGCCAGCAGCAGCAGCAGCAGCAGCAGCAGCGACAGCAGCAUCACCUGCCGCCUUGGCUGCAGCUAAUGCGCUAAGCAAGGAUGAUCUGCUGGCUCCCACCCCAGCCCCUCUCCCUGUGUCUGCCGCAGCAGGACAAGCAGCAGCAGCAGCAGCAGCAGCAGCAGCAGCAGCAGCAGCAGCAGAAGGCGCUGCUGCUGCAGCGCCGCCUGCUGCUGCAGCUUCACCUGCAGCAGCAGCAGCAUCUGAAGAGGAGGACUUGGGCUUUGAGGAUGACUGGGGCGCUUUGGCAGCACAGAUAGACACGAAGGUGCCAGCAGCAGCUGCUGCUGCAGCAAGGCCACAGUCAGUGGCAGCAGCAGCUGCUGCAGCAGCGGCGCAGUCAGCAGCACGUGCUGCAGCAAGUCCUGCAGCAGCGAGCCCUGCUGCAGCAGCAGCAACAUCAUUCGAUGAUGAGGAUUUAGACUUUGAAGACCAUUGGGGAGCCCCAGCAACUGGAGUAGACGAAGCAGCAGCAGCAGCAGCAGCAGCAGCAGCAGCAGCAGCAGCAGCAGCACCUGCUGCAGUGACAUCACCUGCUGCUGCAGCCCCACUGGCCCCAGCAGAACCUGCUGCAGCGACACCAGCUGCUGCACCUGCGGCAGAAGCACCUGCAGCAGCAGCAGCAGCAGCAGCAGCAGGCGAAGAAGAAUUCAAAGAUAAGCGGGGAGCCGUAGAAGCUGCCCUAUUAGCAGCAGCUCCUGCAGCAGCAGCAACACCUCUUGUAAAAGCUCAACAAGCAGCAGCUGCAGCAACAGCAGCAGCAGCAGGAGCAGCAGCAGCAGGAGCAGCAGCAGCAGGAGCAGCAGCAGCGUUUGAUGAAGAGGGUCUCGACUUUGAUGAUGACUGGGGAGCAGCAGCAGCACACGAAGACGCAGACUCACCUUCAGCAGCAGCAGCUGCUGCAGCAGCACCUGAACAAGCAGCAGCAGCAGCAGCAGCAGGAGCUGCUGCUGCUGCUGCUGCUGCUGCUGCAGCAUCUGACGAAGACGAUUUAGACUUCAAGGAUGAUUGGGGGGUAUCAGCAGCACAGGCAGAAUCAAGCUCAGCAGCAGCAGCAGCUGCUGCAGCGACGCCGCCGUCAGCAGCAGCAGAAGUACGAGCUGCAGCAGCAGCUGAACCAGCAGCAGCGGCAGCAGCUGAACCAGCAGCAGCAGCAGCAGCUGAACCAGAAGCAGCAGCAGCAGCAACUGAAGGAGAUGACUUCGAUUUGAAAGAUGAUUGGGGCCCCCCAACAGCACAGUUAGACAUAAAGUCACCAGCGCUUGCUGCUGCUGCAGCUACACCGCCAUCAACAGCAGCAGCAGCAGCAGCAGCAGCAGCAGCAGCAGCGUUUGAAGAAGACGAUUUGGACUUCAAGGAUGAUUGGGGAGCCCCAACAGAACAGGUAGAGGCAGCUUCAGUAGCAGCAGCAGCUGCAGCAGGAACAUCGCCAUCAGCAGCAAAAGCUGCAGCGAGCCCUGCUGCAGCGAGCCCAGCAGCAGCAGCAGCAGCAGCAGCAGCAGCAGCAGCACCAUAUGAUGAAGAGGAUUUGGACUUCCAGGAUGACUGGGGGUCCCCAGCAGCUGCAGUAGACAAAGCAGCAGCAGCAACAGCAGCAGCAGUGGCAGCAGCAGCACCUAUUAUAGUGGCAGCACCUGCAGCAGCAGCAGCAGAUCACUUGUCCAUAAAUGAUGGUUGGAGAGCCUCAGCAGCAAAUACGAAAGCAGCAACAGCAGCAGCUGCAGCACGACAGGCAGCAGCAGCAGCUACUAGAUCGAAUGUGCUCGGACCCGGAGGAGCUGCUUGUCCAGCAGCAGCAGCAGCAGCGCCUGCUGCUGCUGCAGCACCUGCUGCUGCUGCUGCAGCACCUGCUGCUCGUGGAGAAGAGGACCUUGAGUUUGCGCUGGAUGACUCUUGGGCAGGUGAAGGCUUUGAAAUUCCCACAGACGUUCUUGCAGCACCUGCAGCAGCAGCAGCAGCAGCGACAGCAGCUACAGCAGCAGCAGCAGCAGCAGCAACAACAGCAGCAGCAGCAGCAGGCCAAACGCCACCGUCGACGGCAGCAUUUGCAAACGAGCAGCAGCAGGGCCACCUACACCAGCAGCAGCAGCAGCAGCUGCAGCUGCAGCAGCAGCAGCAGCUUGUUGGCUGCUGCUGCAUUUAG